AUGGGUCUUCCUGAGCUCUGGGAUACCAUUCGAGAUUUCGAGGAGGUCAAGCCCAUUGCGCAGCUUGCCGAAGAUCACUACAGAGAACAUGGCAGACCACUUAAAAUUGCCGUUGACGAGGCGGAUUGGAGAUUUAACAAUCUCACUAUGGCGCAGGUAUACGCCAUUCGUGAUUCCUCCAAUGAACCUGCAUUCCAGGGCAUCGAGAAGGCCAUGUUCUACCGUAUCUGCAAACUCUCGACUCUGAACAUCCAGCUGUUGUUUGUGUUUGAUGGGCCGGGAGUUCCUGCUAAGCGCGGUAGGAACGGCGGAAGGAAGAUCGAUUACGAAAGACUCCGCUUGUUGAAACAGUUGCUGCGCUGCUUUGGCAUCCCAUAUCAAGAAGCUCCCGGUGAAGCGGAGGCCGAGUGCGCGCGUCUGCAGAUACUAGGUAUUGUUGAUGCUGUGUGGUCUCAAGAUUCAGAUUGCCUUAUGUUUGGAUGCAGCCUGUGGCUCCACGACGAUCGGGUUGCCAAAGAGCCGGGGACCAAGGAUCGCAGCAAGGAAAACACAAAGAAAAGUGACAGACGUGUCCGCAUUGUUCGAGCUAAGGACUUGAAAGACAGACUGAAUUUAGACCGCGAAGGUUUGGUUCUUUUUGCUAUGCUCGUUGGCGGCGACUAUCAUCCAACCGGCCUACGAGAUUGUGGCGCAGGUAUAGCUUUGGCUGCUGUAAAAGAAGGAAAUCUUGCACAGGCUCUGUGCUUGUGUCGCAACCAGAGAGAUUGUACAGAAUGGAGUUUCCAACUUGCUGCCUUUCUUCAGACGAGGCGUCAGGCACGGAACUUGCCCAUACCUUCUAAUUUCCCCGGCUUUAAGAUUCUGCAGAAGUACUACAGGCCGAAAGUCACAAGUGACGAGCUUCUGACAGGAAACAAGUCGCUCAGUCUGGUGACCAGUCGAGCGAUCGAUGAACGUAAGCUGCUUGAUGUCACAAGCAGCCGUUUCAAUAUCUGGGGAAGACUGUACAUGAAUUGGGUGGGCCCUGUACUACUCACACGAUCACUAUCGAAGAGGAGUACAUCUUUGCCUAGGGAAGUGGUACAUGACAUCAAGCUCACGAAGCAGCGCGCAAGCAAGAACCAGGAAAUCAUGUCACUGCGCUCCUUUGAACGCAAAAUCACCUUCUCGCCUUUCGAAGUCACCAGCUUGCGAAGAGAGGAUUUCGAGGGCGGAGACCGCGAAGGAAUGUGGGAGGGCAAAAGAGACAUGCCGUUCAAUCCGACGCACCGAGUUGAGUGUGAUUACUUCCCCGCGUUCUGGUUAGAUCGAGUCCUGCCCCAAGGAAUCCUUGAUCCGCCUCCCUCUGCACCAAAGGAGAAGCCCUCAAAGCGAAAAGGGCAGCCGGACCUUGAUGAUUGGGAUACAGUAUCGCCAUCAUCUACAAACAAGAAGCAAAAACCACAGAGCAGUAACCAAGUAGUGUUAGCCACACCACAUCUCGCCCCGACAAGCGAGUCCACGCUCAGUAGAUUGCCAAUCGAUCCUGUUCGUAGACUUAAACCCCAAGUUCCAAAGCGGGGGUCGACCAGCAAAAAGAACAACACCUUUGCCCGCUCAAGUCCUUCAACCCCACUCGUUCAACGGCAGCCUACAACUAAGCCUUGUGAGGUUUUUGAUCUGUCAAACCUGGACGACAAUGUCGUCUUGCGUCUUCCUCCUAGCCGGCAAGCUGAAAAAUUGUCGUCGCUACCGACAUCGCUGUCCAACGUGGUGGAUCUUGGCUCACCGGAAUCAUCCGCAGACGAAAGCGAAGACUUGGCUUGGGCGAUGCGUUUGAGUAUGCAGUCAUCACAUCAAGAAAGCAAACCACUACCUGACAACAUGAUUGCGCGAGACAUAGACACGCCACCUAAGCUUUCGCACAUCCAGAAAGUCACCAGUCCUCCCAGACCCGUUUCUGCCGCGAAAGCGAUACCAUGUGAGACCGAUAAGGAGGCACGUGGAACCAGCACUAGAUUUCUCCCUAUCCCGGAUAAGCUCGAUUCGAUACGUGCUGCUCGUCUCAAGCAUUUCGUGUCGAGUCCCGUCGCGAUUCAUCAACAGGUUGUGCCGAACAGAGAGACUGCAGCAGCAUCAAGGGUGGGAGCUUCUGUUGACUGCAUCGAUCUUACUGGGGACUAA